UUACAGCGCAGGAAAAGAAUGAUCUUCACCAAAGCUCAAUUGCAAGUUCUUGAGCUCUUCUUCCAAACCAACCAGUAUCCAGACAUUAAUGACCGGGAGGAUCUGGCAAAAUGUCUGCAUCUUCCUGAGUCGAGGAUACAGGUCUGGUUUCAAAACCGAAGAGCAAAGUCAAGGCGUGAGAGUGCGAAGCCAAAGAAACCAGUAUUGAUAGAAUAUUUUCCUGAUGGCAAAACUGUAAAACGGCCUGCAAAACGUCGCCAGAGCCUGCCGCGUCAACGAAGAACGGUGAAAACUGCAGAAUGGGUGAAGGCGAUAAAGCACUCAAAGCUAAAUUCCUCGCCUCAAGCACAAUCUCUGGGUUAUUACCAUCCAUUUUCCUACCAAUCAUCCCAGGUACAGCAUGCAUCUGGUAAGGCCUACUGCCAAAACGCGUCCUACAGCACGAACAUGGGGGUCCACCAACAAGUUUACAACAAUAUGGCCCAAGUGAACAAUGGGGCCACUGACUUGACCAGAGGGUCCUCUCCUAAACCCAACCUCUUUGAUUAUAACUGGUUCCAGGCAAACAAAAUCAUCAUGUCUGAGACCUCUGUGUCCCCCAUCAAUGUAGACCUGAACUGUGAUGGACUGAACCUCUUCUCUACACAUCUGCCAUCCCAGGUGCCAAUCGCCCACAACGACCUCUACAACCAAAGCUCCACAGCCUUGGAUUCAGGCCUCAGUGACAGAUCUACAGACUCUGACUGGGCAUUUUCCUUUGAGAAACUUGAGCCUGGAGAUGUAAUUCUUAUUCCUUAA